CGUAUGGCGCACUGGAUGAAUGAAAACUACCGGCGAAUACUUGAUCAUUUUCGACGAUUCGAUUCAGACAACAGUGGUAAACUUUCUUACGAAGAGUUUGCUGAUGGUAUGAGAGACGUGGGAGCACCUACAACUCAAGUGGAAAUCAUUCUUAUGGUCAUGGCUCUGGACUCAGAGGGUGAUAAAGAGAUCGAUUACCGCGAAUUUAAGAAGCUGCGUUGUAAGUUUAAAUUGACAGAACCCAUCAGGAAAGCCGCUGCCCUCGAAUAUUACGAAGAACCAUCGGCUCAACUACAGCCCUGUCCUAACUGCAGUGUGGGAUUGUGGGAACCUGUUGCUGAGGAGAUUUCAGGGUAAUUACAAAAUUUUUUGCAGAAAACAUUAUAUUUUAGCGAGCGCCAGAUUUGCGAAAGGAUUCGUUUCCUUUAUAAAAUUUACAACGAUGAAGAAUGGCAAUUGACCGACUGCCAAUAUUACCAGAAAAUAAUUACCGACUCAACAUUGAAUUCUACCCUCACGAAUUUAAAUGCCUCGUUACUUUGGAACCUUUAAGAAAUACUCCAAAACUCCUUGGGAAUCUGACAAAGAUCCUGAACAGUACCAGACUCAACAGAACUGAUGGAAAACGCUAUUCCCUAUUUCCUUAAACUAAGCUCUCGACUAACCUACUGACCACGGUCAUUUACUAAAAGUAAAUGACCGUGACCUGGUUCUACUCUUCAUACACGUUUUACAAACGUAAAACAAUGACCUGAAGCAAGGCAGCUGGCUGCGCUGUAGAGUCAGUCAUAAACAAUGCUACGCCUGCCUUUACACGACACGCCACAUGUCACGAACAAAAUGCUCGGUAACCGUGCACGAAGAGAAAGGCCACAGAACAAGAUUUAACACUCAUGAAUUUUCCAUUCAAUCAAACAUUUCGAAGUCUCGAAAUGGGAAACAAUUGAAGGGAAAUUUGCAGGGAAAAUUUCAUCGCUGCCUACAACAACAGGCGUGCGCGCAGUUUUUAAGCUCGACACCACCCUUAACUCACACAUGGUGCAACUGAAGGACGCUGUUGAUCCGACCAAGGAAAAUUCAGUAGCUUACAGUAUUUCAUGUAGUCUAUCUAUGAGCCGGGCUUCUCUAAGAUUACAUUCCUUGUGAAUGCGAUAAAGUUUACAGCGGUGAGGAGCACAACCAGUAUAUUCGACACGCCCGUACCCAGAUCUUUUACAUUUCAGAGCACUUUUACGAGGCUGGCUGCAUCAUUUACUUUCGAUCGAAGUAUCAAUGUUCACUGAUGGAGACACGCAUCGUUACACAUGCCCGUUCAAAGAGGUUAUUUACAGAAGAUUUCACCCUGACAUUGAGAUUCUGGAAGAAUGGAUACCCACGGUCAAGAAACAAAACAACACCACGGUGCGAAAACAGACGCCUGAGGGAACAACCUCACACCAAUCACAGACGACAUCGUGUUUAACGGGUAAUCAGUGUGUAAUGUGUAAUCAGUCGAUGAAGACUCUCAAUAAACAGGCGAAACAUCACAAUCUAGAUCUCAAGUCACUACAUGCCGAGAAAAACGAAGUUUUGAAUCUUGCUGUGACGAACUACAAAAUAACACAACACAAUGCAAUGUAAUGCAAUAGAAAUUUAUUGUGUAAUACUCUUAGCUAUAUGUGAGGUGUGAUAUCGCAUGGGCGAUAAAAUGACACACAGGUAUUCCACAAAAAUUAAAAUUAAAAGUGCAUAUUAUAAUACAUGAGUUAAAAUUUAAAAAAAAGAUAUGAGUCAGGAUCAUGAAAUAUACAAUCAAAAAUAAUUACACGUUAUGCUAAAAAGCAAAAUCAAUAAUCAUAUGUACAGUCAAACUGACGCUAGCAAUGUCUGCGCAAUUGACACCUUGAAAACUCUCAUUAACACUUUCUUGCUUAAAUAAGCUUUUUGCUGAAUUUGUUUUUUUAAUUUUUGUCCCUUAUCCAAUGAUUUAUUUUAAAGUUAUGUCAUUUCAUCUUACGCAGUUACAUUUUUUAAUGAAUCACAAUUUCUAUGUAGUUUUCACGCGCAACUGAACAUUAUAUGAAAGACUGCGCCUAAUAAAGUCUAAAUUGCUAUUAUUAAUCAUUUUGAACAACAAGAAAAUUUUUCAAUCCUCUUAACAAACAAGGCAAUCGCUUGGCUCGUUAGAGGAGAUUAACACGUGAAAGGGGCGUGGACGCUUGUCGAAAACACCCCGGGUGUGACUCAUGCUUUAAUUUAUCCCUGAAAAAUACUACUUCUA